AUGGAACUCCACCUACUUCUGGCUCUUCUACUUGGGAAAGUUUCAGCUCUUCAUCUGAGAAAGGCUCAGCUUGCAAAUGCCUGGGGCCAGGAGGGAGCUGUCCGUGGAACCGAAAUGGCCAACAUUGAGAGCCCCUUGGGAGAUGACACCCUGCCUCAGGUUGGGGAGGUGCCAGAAAGUGAGGCAAAGGGGGUCCCUGUGGAGGAGCCGAUGCUGCUAGAGGAAGAGGAAGACAGGGGCUCUGGAAGUGAAGAUGCCCCCAGGGAAGAGGGGGCUGUUGAGUCCAUUGCAGCCUUGGAUGAGGUAGACAGGGACCUUCAGUGUCCUAAGGAUGAGGACACAGUAAAACUGGAGGGCAUCCCUGGAUGCAAGACCUGCCGCUUCCUCCUGUUGACGUGCCAGGGGUGCUACCGGGGCAGACUCAUCUGCAUCCACAACUUCAGCCUCAAUUACCAGAUCCAGUGCUUAGUCAGACAGAUCAACCAGGGCCAAGUCUGGAUCAGAGGCCAGGUCACCGGCUGGGGUCGCUGCACACGCUUUUGCUGGCUUGAUGGCACUCUCUGGAAUUUUGCAUACGGGGCUGCUGGCCAGCUCUGGGGCAGUGCUGGUAGAUGUGUGAUCCUGUGCACCGGAAGAGGCCACUGGCGUCGAGCUCCCUGUGGCGUGGCUCUCCCGAUCAUCUGUUGCUACUGA